AUGAGCAAUGGCACGGGUGCAGACGAGGGCCACAGCAGCAGGUCGAGUCCGACGACAGCGGCCGACUACCCGGCAGCAACGCGUCCGGUCAGCGUAGCCAUCGACCCCGUGGCCUUGAUCAUUACAGAAUGUAUCACCGUCACCUCGGCCAUGCGCAAGCAUGCGCGCUGGGCCCAAUCUUCAGUAUCAGCAAUCCUCGGCGGCGGUGCUGCUAGGCGCCCACCUUCAUCCCUCGGCUCUCUCGCUGCGGCUGACGACGCCGAUGGUGGACAACUGGCUACACGAUGGGGCCUUCGUGGCAAGAAGGGAAAAAGCAUUCAGGACAAUCCGCUGCUGUCGGCCUUUGCGCGUCUGCGUAGUCAACUCAAGGGGUGCAGAGACAUUCGUACCGUCGACACACCCUCGAUCCUCCAACCUUUCUUGCAGGUCAUUCGCUCGUCGUCCACUACCGCUCCCAUCACCUCGCUGGCCCUGAUUGCCAUCACCAAGAUGCUCUCCUACAACGUCAUUAGCCCGGGCAUGCCCAACUUUCCAUAUGCCAUGAUGCUCCUGUCUUCGAGCGUAACAAAUUGCCGCUUCGAGGGUGACAACACUGCAUCAGACGACGUCGUCUUUUUGCGUAUCCUCAAACUCAUGGAGAUCAUCAUCACCGGUCCUUCGGGCGACGUCCUUGGGGAUCAAAGUGUUUGCGGCAUGAUGGAGUGUGGCAUCUCGAUCUGCUGUGCACUACGUAUGAGCGAGGUACUACGCCGUUCGGCCGAGAUCACCAUGGUUACUAUGUGCCAGACCAUCUUCCAGAGAUUGACCCACCUCGAAUCCUUGCCCGAACACGACAAUCAGAACGACCAAGACGACUUCAAAAUCGAGUCUAGCACUACCCAAAUCGGUUCGACUCCCGCUCAGGAUACCCCUCCUUCUGGAAGCCUAGAUGUGCCUCGCGUGGCCAGUGGUGAGAGGCCUUCUGCAGAAUUCAAUGCCAGCCAGGUAGACUUGACCAAAGCAACCGAAACUACCGAAAUACCCGAUAUCAAGCCGUAUGGCUUACCCUCGAUCAGAGAACUUUUCCGUACACUGGCCGAACUUCUUGAUCCUCAUGACAGGCAAUACACUGAUACUAUGCGAGUCAUGGCUUUGCGUAUUGUAAAUGUGGCUCUGGAGGUUGCCGGUCCUUCGAUAGCCUACCAUCCAUCUUUAGCCUCGCUGGCCAAAGACACUCUAUGUCGCAAUCUUUUUCAGCUUGUGCGCUCUGAAAACAUCGCCCUCCUACACGAAUCAUUACGUGUCGCUGGUACCCUGCUCGCAACUUGUCGCAGUGUAUUACGACUUCAGCAAGAGCUUUACCUCUCCUACAUUGUUGCUUGCUUACAUCCUCGCGUUCCGAUUCCUGACGAACCAACCAUCAACCCCACUCUCUACGAGGGCGUGCCUCAGGCUCCAAGACUCGUCAAACCAGCUGCAUCUGCUACGCAAAGUGGCCGAUCCACUCCGGUGCCGGUCAAGGAUAGACAAAAGCUUGGCUUGGAAGGCGGUUCUCGGAAGCCCGACGCGAGAGAAGCUAUGGUGGAGAGUGUGGGAGCUUUGGUCAGAAUCCCCAGCUUCAUGGCUGAGCUGUUCGUGAACUACGAUUGUGAAAUCGACCGAAGCGAUUUAUGCUUGGACAUGGUUGGCCUCCUCUCACGCAACGCGUUUCCAGAUUCCGCUACCUGGAGUACUACCAAUGUACCGCCGCUCUGCUUGGACUCAUUGCUUGGAUAUGUGCAAUUCAUUGCCGAUAGACUCGACGAUGAGCCCGUGACAGAGGGCUUGCCUCGUUUGGAAGCACUCCGUGAACAGAGAAUCCGUAAACAGAUCAUUAUUCGUGGCGCCACCAAGUUCAAUGAGAACCCUAAAGCUGGUCUUGCUUAUCUGGCUUCUCAGGGGAUCAUUGAGAAUGCAGACGAUUCCAUAUCCAUCACACGGUUUCUCAAAGGAACAUCACGAAUCGACAAANAGGUUUUGGGAGAAUUCAUAUCGAAAAGGUCCAACGAGGCUAUCCUCGAUGCCUUUAUCGAUCUUUUCGACUUUACUGGAGAGCGUGUCGACGAAGCCUUGCGCCAAAUACUGAAUUCCUUCCGUCUCCCAGGCGAGUCACAACUCAUUGAGAGAAUUGUCACAGUCUUUGCGGAGAAGUACUGCAACAAGACUGAUCCCGAGGGUAUUGCGGACAAGGACGCUGUCUACGUCCUGACAUAUGCAAUCAUCAUGCUCAAUACCGAUCAGCAUAAUCCAAACAUGAAACAAGCGCGAAUGGCAGUGACGGACUUUGCCCGCAAUCUACGUGGUGUCAACGGGGGUAAAGAUUUCGAACCAGAGUAUCUCCAAGGAAUUUAUGAUUCGAUCAGAACUCGGGAAAUCAUUUUGCCAGAGGAACAUGACAACAAGCACGCUUUCGAACAUGCCUGGAAAGAACUUUUAAUCAAGACUCAAACUGCGCAAGAUUUGGUCUUGUGCGAUACCAACAUCUAUGAUGCGGACAUGUUCGCAGCCACAUGGAAGCCUGUUGUUGCGACCCUCAACUAUGUCUUCAUGUCUGCCACUGAUGAUACAGUGUUCCAAAGAGUCAUCUCUGGCUUCGACCAGUGCGCUCAGAUUGCGGCCAAGCAUGGGCUUCAUGACUGUCUCGACCACAUUAUAGCUUCUCUUGCACAAAUCAGCACCUUGGCCACAGAAACACCACCCAGCACUGCUCUCAAUACCGAAGUGCAAGCAAAUGGCAAGAGUAUCAUGGUGAGCAAGUUCGCUGUUGACUUUGGGCGAGAAAACAAAGCACAGCUUGCUACGCUCGUACUCUUCCGCAUAAUCAAUGGGCACGAAGCCGCGAUCCGAGGUGGCUGGAGUCAUGUAAGUUCAAUAUCAAGAUUUGUGCUCUUCGUCAUACUGAACCUCGUAAACAGAUCAUUCNGCAUUAUUCUCAACCUCUUCAUCAACUCACUGAUUCCCAACACUCUAUCGGCACUGACUUCAAAACUUGAUCUUCCGCCUAUCCCACUUCAGAGCCCCGCUCAAGUCAUAGAACGGAACGACAAGUCUACUGAUAUCGGUUUAUUCUCUGCUUUCACGUCCUAUGUGUCAAGCGUGAUGAAUGACGAGCCUCCAGAGCCUAAUGAUCAGGAGAUUGAGGCAACACUUUGCACGGUGGACUGUGUCAGUGCUUGUCGACUGGAUGAAGUUGUUGCCAACAUUGNNGGUAAGCAAACCGCCGCUUUCACAAAGUCGCUUUUGUCGUAUUUGCCACCAGAUGAUGUCGAGAAUUCGCCUAAAGUCAUCGCCGUGAAACCACCGAUUGCUUCUCCGACUCCCAUACGUCCUAACGGUCAAAAGCCGCAGCCCGCCACUCCAGACUAUGACCCAGCCCUUGUUUGUGUCCUCGAGCUUGCGACUGUUCUAGCAACGCGUGACCAAGAUUCGAUGUCAUCAUUCGGCAAAGACGUUGCUCAGUCUUUGAAGUCUGUAAUCCACGAGGCUGAUGGACUACAUCCCGUGACAGUUGGUCGGGCAUCCUACUAUCUCUUGAACUUGCUCAAAGCUAGUGAUGUCAGUUCUCUUCAUCAUAACCAUGCAUGUUUUGCUGACCAGAAGCAGGAUCACGAUUAUGUUCGCGCCCCAGUUGUGUUGCAUACAAUCUCGUCCUUCAGCCAAGACCUCCUUCAGCGAUGCGGUCCAACAAUCCUCAAGGGCAUGUCUGGAUGCAUCAAGGGGCCUGCAAGCCUCCGGAAAGAGAUGGCAACAUCCCCAGAUUUCUGGUCGGUGCUUCAUGCUCUCCAACCAAAUCCAGAAGCUGCUCCGCUAGCUUUCCAUAUUACCGAGGACAUUGCGACAGGAUCGCCUCAAGCGAUUACUGCUGACAAUUACGAAUCGGCUAUUGGUUUGUUGAAUACCUUUGCCACAGUUAAUGCUGUACGUGAACAACGCAGAGAGCCAGCUGCGCGACGAGCCAAACCAGCUGCACCUGAGAAGCGACCGGCACCUGAUGAGGCCACCCUUCGUGGUGUCAGGGCGAUGGCAAUUGUAUCACAAAUGACCGGUCGUGUGCCUGCCUUCAUCAAACAGUCUCAUCUGGAACCCAACGAGGCUUGGCAGGCAUAUUGGCUUCCCAUCUUUAGAUGCUUCAUCAUGCAAUGUGUCAGCCCUUCUCGCGAAAUUCGCCAGCAAUCAUUUGCAUCUUUGCAACGAUGCUUGUUGUCUAAUGAUCUAGCAUCACCAGAACACAAUGAGUGGACAAAUAUCUUUAGUCAGGUCGUAUUCCCUCUGGUUCAGCAGCUACUCAAGCCCGAGGUAUACCAGAUUGAUCCUCUCGGCAUGGGUGAGAUGCGCAUACAGACCGCGCAACUCUUAUGCAAAAUCUUCUUGCAUUACCUCGUGAUGCUCAGCGAGUGGGAUGGAAUGCAUGACUUGUGGAUGGAAAUCCUGGAUCUCAUGGACCGUCUGAUGAAUAGCGGUCAGGGGGAUACACUGGUAAGUUUUCCAAUAUCUCCUGUGCACGCACGAUUGACUGAUGUUUUCGGUUAUAGGNCGGAAGCUGUGUCGGAAUCUCUCAAAAAUAUACUGCUCGUCAUGUCCAGUGGCGGCUACCUCAAGCGACCAAGCGAGGACGGUGAACAAUCAGAGCAGCAAAAACAAUUGUGGAACGACACGUCGGACAGAUUACACAAAUUCCUUCCGGACCUGAUGCCUGAAUUGUUCCCGGAGCUGGAGGCCAAGGAGGAGAAAGAGACGGGGACGGAAGGAGCUCCUGAAAGAGUUGAGGCAAGUGCACCUGCGUCUGCUACCGAGAAGAGCCCAGAGGUUGCGUAA